AUAACUCAUCUCCCUCCUAUCCUACAGGUGGAGAAGAAGCAGGUCACCACAUCCGCAACCCAGGUAGCGAGUGCAAGCAGGCGGAGGAAUGAGGCUCGUUUCACAUGUCCAGUACUGGGUUGUGGGAGCACGUUUACACGUCGAUUCAAUCUGAGAGGACAUCUUCGAUCACACACCGAGCAACGCCCGUAUGUGUGCGAGUACCCCUAUUGCCAGAAAGGCUUUGCAAGACAGUAUGACUGCAAGCGACAUCAAGCACUUCAUGUCACGCGCUCGCAAUCCAACAUCUGCCAAGGCUGUAAGAAGGCCUUCAGCCGCCUGGAUACCCUAAAC